UGAACUACACAGAGUUUAGAUUACAUGAAGGGCGUGUCUUCAGGAAGGGGGCGUGUCUCUCUUUCUGUUCCGCAGACAGAGCUCCACAGUGAACGCAGGAUGGAGCAGCUCGUCGGCCGCAGUGCUCCGCCAGGCCCGGUGCUGCAGGUGUGUUUCCCCAGCGUCCGCGCCUCGGUCCUGGAGAAUCUGAACCGGCAGCGCGAGGAGGGUCAGCUGUGUGACCUCUCCAUUCAGGUGCAGGGUCAGGUGUUCCGCGCGCACCGGUGUGUGCUGGCCGCAUCCUCUCCGUAUUUCCACGACCAGGUUCUGCUGAAGAACGUCACCACGGUGUCUCUUCCCUCCGUCAUGGACCCUCUGGCCUUCGAGAGCGUGUUAAACUCGGCCUACACGGGUCAGCUCAGCAUCGUGCGCGAUGACAUCAUCAACUACGUCACGGUGGCCAGCUUCCUGCAGAUGUGGCACAUCGUGGACAAGUGCACGGACAUCCUGAAGAGGUCGCGACCUCUGGUUCAGCUCAGCCCCGGCGGGGCAGCGUCCUCCAGUCACCAGUCGCCCAGCAGCUCUGACUGCUGCUUCGCCGAUCCGGAAGAUGGGGAGCGAGCGGUGGGCGAACAAACUCUAGAAAAACGACCACAAAGUGCGCUUCCGCCUCUGGCCACAUGGAGGCGUCCGACUCAGAGCAGGUGGAGCAGAAGCAGCUUGACGUUCCCCGUCCGAACCGAGCCUGAAUGCUGCUCGAAUGCGGGAGACGAAGGUUUCCACGCAUUCCCCAUCUCGACUUUGCCGUCGAUCGAAACUUCAGACUUCGCGAGGCACCGAAUCCGCGCUCGCCUCCGAGGAGCGAAGGAAGACGAGGAGCAGCGGCGGAUGGAAGCAGAUGAAGGAGUCGGAGAGCCGCUGGAUGAGGACAAAGUGAGGGUGAAGUGUGAGGAACACCAGGCCGGAGCCGUCGAGUCGGACGGACGUCUCAGAGAGAGUGAGACGGACGGACUGUGGAACCAGUGGACUUUGUCAGACGCCAAGCUGCUGGACGAAGACGAGGAGAACGAAACAGACGGCACGUUCGAGACCUACGACGAAAUCGAGAAGGCCACGGGGCAGAUUUCCCAGCGUCCUUUGCCACCGCCGACGUCCGACCAGUUGGCGCCAGGCCCGUCCGAGCUCUCCUGGGUCUCGCAGUCGUCCUCGUCCUCCCCGUGCUCUCCUCUCUCUGCGACUCCCAAAGUCCACUUCUGUCACUGCGGCAAAGCGUACACGCUGAAGAGCAUGCGCGACCGCCACGUGAAAAUGCAGCACCUGAACCUGCGUCCGUUCGCCUGCCCCGUCUGCUCCAAGAGCUUCAAGAUGAAGCACCACCUGACCAAACACGUCAAGACUCACGGAGGACUGCGUCCGUACGAGUGUGCGCUCUGCGGCAAGAAGAUCGUCUGGAGAGACAGUUUCCUCAAGCAUCAGGCUCACUGCCAGGGAACGACAUCAACAACGACGACGCCCGGCUGUCAAAACGAGGACGCAGGUGCUCCUGGACAAGUGAAGGUGGAACAGGAUGAUUAUUCAUUACAGGACGAGGAAAUACACUCUUAAAAGUUAAAGUUCUGAAAGAGGUUUUUCUGUUGAACGCCAAAGGAAUGCCAUUCCUUUCAGUCAACAAUCUGUGGAUGUUAAAGGUUUUUAAUGAAACCAUCGAUGCCAAUAAAGAACCUUUAUUUUUAAGAGUUCACACACUCUUAAUAAUAAAGGUUCCAAAAGAGGAAUCGCAGAAGAAGUGAUCAGUUCUUAAAACAACCAUUUUUUAUUAGCGUGGAUGUCGAAGGUUCUUUCCACUGUGAAAAACCUUUAAUGGUUCCAUGGAGGUUGAAGUUUCUCAAUGGCACCAGUAAACCUUUAUUGUAAGAGUGUGAACAGUCAUUUGCCGUGAACAAAGGAAAUAAGUAUUAGUUAAUCUACUAAUUAAUUAGUGGAAGUACAUAGAGGAAAUAAACUCUUUAAAAUUAAAAGUUCCAAAACAAGGUUUUUGCAUUGAGCCUUUCAGUAUUUUUUCUUUCUUGGACAACAUUUUACAUUUCAUUUAUGCAUUUAGCAGACGCUAAAGUGACUUGCAGUGUAUUCAGGCUAUACAUUUAGUUUAUUUUUUUACCAGUACGUGUGUUCCCUGGGAAUCAAACCCUGGGCCAUUGACCAUCAAUGUCCAUAAAAACCUUUAAUUCUAAGAAUGCAUCAAACUCUUUUCCAAAAUAAAGAACCUGUAGUGUUUCAAUGGAUGAUCAAGUUCUUCAUGGAACAUUUGGUCCCAAUAAAGCACCUGUAUUUGUUAAGAGUGUAGACGGAUGUCACCGUGAGCGGAGAUCAGUGUUGGUUCAUCUACUAAUGGUCCACAUAUGUAGCAGAUCUGAAUAUAUUCUAGAAGCACUGUUUUAAAACAAUUAAACUCUAGUAAUUUGUUGUGUGUGUGUUCUAGAGGCGUUUAUCUGUUUAACAUGAUCAUGUUCGCACGCACACGUAUGUGCAGAGGCUGGUUAACCCUCGACUCACCCUUUAAAGUCUACUGUUUCUGAAUUGUGUGUUAGAUGCUGAACACCACUAGACUGUACAUAAUAAUGAUAUUAAUGCAGUGUGAUUGUUUUUAUAUAGUCAAUAAAGGCAUUUUAUUAAAAUCCAUUGCAGCGUGAAAAGUUCAGGGGAUGUUUAUUUCCUUCAUAAUUCGGUAACACUUUACAAUAAGCUCCAAUUAGUUAAUGCAUAAAGUUAACUAACAAUGAUUGAUACUUUUAUUGAUGUUCAUUUUUACUAUUCAUUUAGCUAAAUAAUAUUAAUUUAAACAUCUGCUAAUUCAUAAUUAAAUUCAAUAAAGUUGUUUCUGUUGAUCUUAGCUGAGAUUAAAUGCUUUAGACGUAUUUCCUUUGUUAGUUCAUGUUAAUGUUAUUGUGAAGUGUUACCUAUUACUCACUUGAACAAUUCUCUUGUGAAAUACCCAAUAUAAACAGAAUCUGGAUCUAAUAAUUGAAACCAAAUCAUUCAAAUUAAAGCAACACAACAUGACAUUAAGACCUCCAUUUUCACAAAAAGCACAUUCACAAACUAACACUGAUCAAUAGUUUUGAACAAAAGGUAUACUCUGUGUGCUUGAACUUGUACGGUUCACUUCGAUAGUUCUGCGGAGUGACAAAUGAGGUUAUAAAAGUACAAAUAUUCCAGGUAGUCUCACAAAAAUAAUCAUAGAAUUUGCUAAAUACUGUAAAAUAGACUACAUGUCCACUACCCAGAGACAGCUGUGCAAUAAUUAUAUAUACAUGAAUAUUUAUUAGAAUGCAUAGUGUCCAUUAAUAAGUAUACACUCAAAUUAGCAACACAUGUUUUGGGCAUAUUCCAGAAUAGUUUGAUCAUUAAACCACUAAAACAUCACUACAGAGGUAUUUCUGUUCGAACACCCAAUAACAGCAAAUCCACAUGAGAUAGACAUCUGUACAGUGGCAUGCCAAAGUUUGGGAAGCCCUUGCAGAAUCUAGAGAUAAGAGAGAUUCAUACAAAAUGCAUGUUAUGUUUUAUUUAGCACUGGCCUGAGUAAGAUUUUUUAUAUAUAAAAGACGUUUACAUAUAGUCAAAAAUAAAUAAAUAAAUAGCCUGAAUUAUUAAAA